AUGGGUGCUCAUCGAGGAAAAUGUGGGAAUGUUGACAUGAUGGAUGAAACAGAAUCAACUAAUAAUGAAGAAUUAUCACUUGAUUUUCAUGUGCUGAAAUCUAAUUUAUUACGAAAUCGGACUGAAACACAUGCAUUGGAACUUUUUCAACAAUUGUUAUCAAUUUCUAUGAAUAAUUUGGAUGAUUUAUCCAUAGAAACUUUUCACGAUUUGAAGGAUCUUAUCCAUUGUAUAUUCGAUUCGAUAUCAGUUCCUAAUCUUUUUCAACAACCUCAGUCGCUACUUUUGAAUGCAAUAACUCGUAGUCCAUCUAGUGUUGUCACUAUUAUCGUCGAUUAUUUAUUAAAUCACUUAUCGGAUGUCAAGGCUUUUCUUUCAGUUUCUAACACAGAGGUGACUUUGGCUUUGGCUAAUCGCAUUAUUGAAUCGGCAUGCGCCGAAUCUGUCGCUAAUUUGUUGUGGCAAUUUCUUAAUGUAAAUGUGGUAAAAGAAAAGCUAGAAUCACUUCUAGCAAAUAAUAGAGCUGAAGAGCGAUUUCGGAUUUUUCAGGUGAUUUCUAUUUUUUUGAAAGAAGGGGGUGAGCCUCAACAAGUGAGCAGUUUCAUAAAUGCACUUGAAAAGGAACUUUUAUCCACUGAUAUUCUUUCUCAGUUGAAUGCUGUUGAAAUGUUUGCAGAUGUGGCUUCUCAACAGGCAGCAGUGGCGUCUUAUUUAAUAUCAACAGGUUUUGUUGAUCGUCUUUAUAAAUAUUUUGUGGAAAUUACUGAUCAUCCCGAUAUGGGAUUUAUAUUUCCUGCCCUUGUGAAGUUUUUUGGCCAUUUGUCUGUUGUUAACGUCGAUUGUCUUCUUAAAUAUCCAAAGUUUCUCGACUCAGUUUUUGAUCUUGUUUUUCAUUUUGAUAUGUUAGACCCUUGUCAACGUCUAUUAGCAUUUGACACUAUUGCUGUUAUUGGCUCAAAUGAUACAGGAAAAUUGUUUCUUCAUAAAAUUUCUGAUCAUUAUGAUCUUAUAAAGACGAUGAAUGCUUUCGGUGCAGCUAUUGGCAGUGGGCCACUAGAAUUGCGUGUACGCCAUAUGGAUGCUUUGGCAAUGCUUGUUCACGUGGAAAAUCCAGUUGAUGAUAAUAUAAGUAUGAUAGUGGAGUCGUGGGUCAGAAAUAUCGGUGAGCCUUUUCCAACGCUUUUGAUGGCUUAUUAUACAAAACCCUUUAAUGACAUUCGGCUUUCAUCUGAACGCCUUAUUUUGGAACUUUUAAAUUACAGUUGGAUGAUUGAAAAAUUAAUGACAGUUCCAAAUUUUUUGGACAAAAUUUUGGAUCGAAGUGUGCAAACAACAGCUGAGGGAAUGCAAAUGAAACAUGAAAUUGUUUGCAAACUCAUUGAUAGUAAUAGUACAGCUAUUCCUGCUCCAUAUAUGUCAAAACUACAAUUAUAUCAGCGUGAAGGGCCAUAUUGCCAAUCUAUACAAAAUAUCGAAAUGAGCAAUCCUUAA